GCCCCGCGGGGCGAUGCUGCGGCGUGACAGCCAGGCACGGCCGCCGUGCGGGCGGCGCCGGCUCGCUGAGGGACGGCGGCUCCUCGGGCAGCCGGUGGGAAGCCCCGCCCGGGCGCCGCUGGAGGCAGCGCAGGCAGGUGGACUCGGAUGCCUGAGCAGUGACGGUCCCGGGCUGGGGAGGAGGUGACGCAGGCGGCAGAAGUACCCGGCAGUAGGUGUGAGGUGAUCAAGCCUGGCUCCCACCGUAGCCCGGCUCCCUGGUGUCCGAUGAUGAGUUUGACCCCCUCCAGGGGAUGCCUCCUGGACCUGCCCUGGGAAGACAUCUUGGUUCCACACAUCCUCUGUCACCUGCCACUGCAGCAGCUCCUGAGCUUGCAGAGGGUCAGCAAGUCGUUCCAGUCUCUCAUCCAGCUGUACCUGGCCAACAUGCGCUGCUUUGACUCAAGCCAGAUUGGACCUGCCAUCCCUCAAGCUGCUUUCGUUAACCUGCUGAAGGACAACGAAGUACUGCAGCAGCUGGUGCUCCAGAACUGCUCUGACUGGCUUACGGACAGGGAGCUGCUCCCGGUCAUCGGGCAGAACCACCACCUGCACCAGAUCCAGCUGAAGGGCUGUGCCCAGCUCAGCCGCCACGCGCUGGUGGCCAUCUCGCUGAGCUGCCCCAACCUGCGCCAGCUCUCCCUGGCUCACUGUGAGUGGGUGGACAGCCUGUCCCUGCGUAGCCUGGCUGACCACUGCAAGGCGCUGGAGGCUCUGGACCUGACGGCCUGUCGCCAGCUCAAGGAUGAGGCCAUCUGCUACUUAGUGCAGAAGUGCAGCAGGCUCAAGUCUCUGUCACUGGCUGUCAAUGCCAAUGUGGGCGACGUGGCAGUUGAGGAGAUUGCCAAGAGCUGCCCCGAGCUGGAGCACCUGGAUCUCACAGGGUGUCUGCGAGUCAAGAAUGACUCCAUCAGGGUCCUGGCUGAGUACUGUCCCAAGCUGCGUUCGCUGAAGGUAAAGCAUUGCCACAACGUGGCCGAGUCCAGCCUGAGCAUCCUCCGAAGCCGUGGGGUGGAGCUGGAUGUGGAGCCUCCACUGCAGAGGGCUCUUGUUCUCCUGCAGGACGUGGUUGGCUUCGCCCCUUUCAUUAACCUCCAGAUCUAGAACUGCUGCUGUUGGGGAGGGGGGGACUGACACGACGCUGGGAUCCCAGGAGGAUGCCGAACUGGCUGCUGCAGAGAUGUGCAGAGGGAGAGAUCAGUCCCAUUGGUGAGGCUGGCCUGAGUGGAGCUCGCUCUUUCCUCUGGGACUGUUUAGCAGCCACUGGGUGUUCACGAGUGGGCUUCGUUGGUGCCUCUGGGGAAAGUAACUCCCUCUGCAGUGGUGUGGAGACAGUGACUUGCAGGAACACCAUGGUGCUGAACAGGCCUUGGCCAGGCCAGCUAAUAGAUAGGAUUUAUUAUUUGUUGUAUUUUAAAUCUCUAAGUGGCAGCUGUCCAGAGAGCAGGAGAGUGUUUGGGGACUGUCCCUGGGGUGGGUGUGCAGGGCAUGCCAGCAGAGCUGUUGGGAACGAACCAGGCCAGCUGGAGCAGAAAGAAGAAAAGCUGCCAGCCCUCCUCUUGGGAGAGGGCAGGCCCCUCUGGGAGGAGGGCAGGGCGAGUCCAGCUCCAGCCCACAGCCACUGGCCAGCCUGGCACCAAAAGGCAGGCAUGGCCCCGGCGCAGGCAGUGUCCGUCCAGGCCUAGGGUGCUGGUUUAAGCUGGUGUGAGUUGUUUUCAGGGGGAACAUGCUCCUAACUCCAGUUUCGCUAGCAGAAAAGCACCAAACCUAGCUGUGUUGUCACUGAAAGCAGUUGAUCGUUGCCAUUUGUUUCUUCCAGAUUCUGACUUAACAUUUCAGUAGCACCCAGGCCUGCUACUGUAUCCUGCGCUGUGUCGUGCGGCUGGAGCUUUGGCACGCUACAGCGGUGAGAAAUGGCAGGAGGCCUGGCCAUGCUGUCAGCUGGAGUUCCUGGAGCGCUGCAGGUUGUGUUGGCAGGGAGGGCCUAGCUCUGGUCUGGAGUUCAUCCUUAGCCAUUCUAUCCACAAGUUAACUGUUUGGUUAACCAAAGAGCAGCCACAUCUUGUGGUGAACAUGAAGAGAGUAAGGAAGAAAGGAUGACUCUGCUCCCAUCUUUGGCCCCAGGAGGGACUAGAGGCAGUGUCUGUAAAGUAUGUGCAUGCUCUGGCUGAACUAUGCACCAACUCACAUAAUCUUUAUUAACACUGGCACUCAGAUUAAAGCAACAGUGCACACAGACUUGUAAAAAGCUUGCUGCAAAAGCACAAGCCGCAUCUUAGAUCUAAAAAUGUCCCAUGCAAGGAAUAGCAGAGAAUGCCCAGGCCCCCGAGAGCCACUGCAGUGUGCCCCUGGGGGCAGAGGGACAGCUACACAAGGAGAGAAGGCUCCUCCUCAUCAGCUGGGUUAGUUGAAGUCGAAAGCAGUGUCCUGGCUCCCAGGUUAGUUCCAGUUAGUGGCAGGUGGAGGAGUCCCUUCAUCCCUAGGGCCACAUGUCCAUCUUGCCAUGCCUGGCCAGUGAGGUGGAGGCUGAAGUGCAGGAGGACCUGGCUGUCAGUGGAACUUGUACUUCCUGGCUGGUUUGAGGCUGAUGUAGGUCCUCUUCAUCUCCUCGCUCUCAGGCUUCUUGAUGUCUUUGUAUCUCUCUCCCUUUGUACUCACCACCUGGUUAUCGAUAUAGCGGAUCAACUUCUUGGGCGCCUGGAGAGGAAAGACAUUAACACCAAGUGGAUGGACAGUGACACUGCUAGGGAAAGGGGGUGACAAGCAGAAGCAGAGCUGUGCUCAGGGGGGGAGAUGCAGGAAGACUGGGGUGGGCUGCUUUACCCAUACCUUGUGCUGUGAAUCUUGGCCAAAACUGGGAAGGAAGCUGUCUGAUGGGGGCGGAACAGGAGCCAUGCUAGUCAGGAAUGGUAGGAACUGACAGACCCUGUAGCACCUUAGCUAAGUUAAUCUUCCCUCUUUGCUGACUAGUGGGCUUUCUGAAUCAUCCUGUCUUUGGCCUGCCCCUUUGUUUUUUGGACUUGCAGCCUGACUCUUAAACCUUGUAGCCAAAGGAUAUUCAAACUGCUGGUGAGCUGGGACUGUUCUUCUUACCUCCUUGGGUGGAGCUGGCCGGUGUGUCUUCUGAUCGUCUGCGCUAUCCACCAUCAUGUAUCUGAAACACAUGAAGUACUUAGUGAACACUGUAACAGGCAUUGCCUGGGGCUACUCACAGCCUAUGUCCUUUCUCCGCUGGCUGUUCUGUGGCUGUGUGAUGUGCCCUACUUGCCUAGAUUGCAGCUAGGAGCACUCUGGAUGAAACGGACAAGAACUGUGUCGCCCUUCUGGUGAGAAUCCAGCAGGAUUCUCCUGGAGUAUCAUCCUUGGCCGUUUGUGAAGGGUAUUGAAAACUCAGGCUGCUGAGAAUGCCGAUAGCCCCUGCAGAACUGAGAGAGGUGCUGAGGUCUGUUGUGCUCUGCCGUAGGGGCAGCUUUGCUCCUUCUCAGCCUGAGUGACGGCAACCGAAGGAGACAGAGGGGAGAUUACAGGACCAAGCUGGCUGCUUCUACCCUGAAGAGAUGGUGUUCCUUUCACACUCCACCUACUACUUGACUCGGACACUUGACUAGGAAAUGUCUGUGCUGGAAGCAACUUCAUGAAAGCAUCACCUCGUUCCCUGUGCGACUGAAAUAUCAGGGCCCAAGCAUUUGCUUGCUGUACUGCUAAGUUACUACUCUUGACACUUUGGUGCUGGUUUAGCAGGCAGACAGCACAGCUGACCAUGACUUCUCCCUCAGUAGUUAGUAUCGUUGCUCCUGUGUACCUUCAGCUAUGGUGAUCUGCUCUCUGUACCCGUGCUUGAGUGAUGUUUAAAGUACAGGAUGUUGCCAAAAUGUCAUUAAAGUGAAGUUCCAAGAAACAUAA